AUGGCGGCGGCUUCUCCCCCUCCUCCUGGUACUAACCCACUCUUCUCCUUUCUCUUCCUUUUCUCCUCACUCUUCUUCUUCUACUACUCUGCCCUGCCCCAUUGUUCUGCUCUCCCCACCUUCUCCAUCUCCGAAACUUCCAACCAAACUCUAAUCUGCGCUAUCGUUUACCGCUCGGAAACCCAGCAAUCCUACCUCAACUGCACCAGUCUCGACGGAACUGGACUCCCCGGGGUCCCAAUCUUUCCCGAUGUCCCGUUCUCCGGCGUCGUUUCGGGGGAUGGGUUCGUUGCUGCAGUCAGAACUUUCACUUCCCCUGUUCCCACUACUUCCACACUCGUCACCUGGCGGUUUUCCGGCGGAAUCGUGGAGAGGAAGAGGAUCUACUCGGGCCCCGAGAUUACGGAGCUGGAAUCCGGUAACACGAACAUCUGCGGGUUAAUCGGUAUUAGUGGUAAUGCUACUGAUUCCUCUGUCCCGAACUUCGAUUGCUGGCAAUGGCGGGAGUUCAACGCCUCCUCUGUUCCCCGCUUCUCGAGCAUCGCCGUCGGGGGAGAUUUCGUUUGUGGGAUAUCGUCGACAAAUGGGAACAUAACUUGUCUGGGCGACAGCCGGAACAGUAGUAGCUCGAGAGAUGUGAUUUCUCAAUCUCCUCCGGGAGAAAAUUACAGAGCAAUCGCCGCCGGAGCUGGGCACGCCUGCGCGCUGAGCUCCGACGGUGGGUUAACUUGCUGCUCAAGCUCCAUUCUGGAAGGGGAACGAUUCAUAUCCAUGGCGGUGGGGGAGAAUCGCACCUGUGGAUUGAGAAGCAACGACACGGUAAUUUGCUGGGGGCAGAACAAUUUCCUGCUGCCGGCGAGCUUGGAAGCAACACAUUUCGUUUCGAUUGAAGCGAAAAGAACCGUCUUCUGCGGUGUCGUGAGGGAAGAUUUCUCCCUCCAUUGUUGGGGCGGCGGCAAUUUCACCAAUCAGAGCUCCAAUUCUUCCUCAAUCGUUUUCUCAAGAGUGCUACCCAGCGCCUGCCGAAUUGACAGUCAAUGCCGUUGCGGUCCAUUGACCGGAAGCGGCAACCUCUGCCAACCUGGCUACAGCAUUUGUCAGCUCUGCCGGCAGCCUCAAUCUCCACCACCGCCGCUCAAUUCGAGCGGUGGCGGCGGCGGAUGGAAUAGCAAAAUGACCGCGUUUACUACCGUCGGAUCCGCGGGAUCCCUAGCUGUAUUGCUAGUGAUCGGAUUUUUCCUCUACAAGCGAGUGAAAUGCAGCAGCUGUAAGGUCCACGAUUCCGGUCCGAUGGACGAGCAGCGGAAUCCGUCUCUGCCGAGAGUGUUGGAGAAGCGAUUGAGCGAACUGGCGAGCAUGGGAAACGCAGGGCAGCUGGAGGAAUACUCGCUGGAGAUUCUGCUCGAAGCGACGAGCAAUUUCUCCGACGAGCACAAGAUCGGAACGGGGAGCUUCGGGUCGGUUUACCGGGCAACGUUGCCUGACGGGAGGGAAGUGGCUGUCAAGCGAGCGGAGUCCUCGUCGGGAAAUUCGCCGCGUACUUCGUUGGGGAUUUUCGUCAAACACCAAGAGGACAAAGACAACGCGUUCGUCCACGAGCUGGAAUCCCUCUCCCGGCUCCACCACAAGAAUCUGGUCCGACUAUUGGGGUUCUGCGAGGACGGUUCGGAGCGGAUCUUGGUCUACGAGUACGUGUCCAACGGUUCGCUCCACGACCACCUCCACCGGCUCGACCAGUCCCCGCUCGCCACGUGGCCCGCCCGGAUCAAGGUGGCGCUCGACGCGGCCCGCGGGAUCGAGUACCUUCACGUGUACUCGGUCCCGCCCAUCAUCCACCGCGACAUCAAGUCGUCCAACAUCCUGCUGGACGCCUCGUGGACCGCGAAGGUGUCGGACUUCGGGCUCUCGCUGAUGGGGCCCUCGGACGAGGAGGCGCACCUGUCGAUGCGCGCCGCGGGGACCGUCGGGUACAUGGACCCGGAGUACUACAGGCUCCAGCAGCUGACCGCGAAGAGCGACGUGUACAGCUUCGGGAUCGUGCUGCUCGAGAUGCUGUCGGGCUGCAAGGCGAUCCACAAGAACGAGAACGGCGUGCCACGCAACGUGGUUGACUUCGUCGUGCCGUACAUCGUGCACGACGAGAUACACCGGGUCCUCGACCCGAGGCUACCGCCACCGACUCCCUUCGAGAUCGAGGCGGUGGCGUACGUGGGUUACCUAGCGGCGGAUUGCGUGAUGUUGGAAGGUAGGGAUCGACCGUCCAUGACGGACAUUGUAAAUAGCUUGGAGCGUGCAUUGGCCGCUUGUUUGGUUCAUUCGGGCUCGCUUUCUCGGUCCACCACGGGUUCUUCUGCAUAG